GUGAUCGUCAUUUAGUGGUGAGCUCUUUGGAGAAGCAAGUUCUACUCUCCAACUUUUUUUACUUCCUUUUUCCUCCUCCACCUCGAGGGAAUUUGAAGCUAUCGUCAGUUCCGAUACGGACUUUGUUAAAUAAAAGUAGCACUAACGAGGCUGGCCUCGACUGUUUUUCUAUUUGCUAUUUGUACCAUCCUUAAUUAUCUCCCUCAUCUCAUUUUUAAGGCCGACUCGUGAUCAAGAUGGCAGUUCGGCCUGGUGAAGAGAAUGUUGCGACCCUCUUCGGAGACGUUCAUUAUUUCUACGGACCUCCCGAAGCGAAGCCGCCGCAUCAUCGGUUUGACAAAGGCUCUUACGUGUACCUGUUCGAGAAUGCGAAUGACCGAAGGGCGCGGAUUGAAGUCGCGAAUCAGCCAGGCAUGGACGAUCAAGAUGCUUUUGACGGAUAUCUAGAUAGAACGAGGAUCCGGUAUUCUUAUAAGCAACAAUGUCUCGUAAACAUCUUAGUCGAGGGCGUAGCCGGUGCGCCGAUAGACCAGAGUCAGUGGCAUCUUCCAACGUACGAUCCUCGAAAUGAGAAUAAAUACCACUACAAGCUCCAUUCUCUCGACAUCUAUUUCUGGACUCAUGGCGAUGCCCUACAGUUCGUCAAUGGUGUACGACGAGUCUUACCCGCAUCUCAGGUAGAGGUCGCAGAUGAGCCUGGUCCACCACCACACCCGUAUGGCCAGUUUCAAGACACGAAUCCUCUAGUCCAGAAGCUAGAAAAUGUUGCCAUCUCAGACCCCAAGUAUUCGAGCGCUAAACCAGCACCUCAAGGUAUACCUACUUUCGCGCCUCCUCCAACCUCCGCAGCGACAGACGACAGUAAGAAUACCUCACCUCAAAGCUUUGCACCUAUAGCGUACAAUCCCGCCGCACCAGCAGCCGCAGAACAGAGGAUACACCGGGAAAAGACUCCUCCGCCCGAGGAUGACGGACACGAUCCUCUCGCGGCUGCCGUGGCUCGUGACCACAUUCCCCCUUAUACUCCUGGGUACGGAGUAACGAACUUCUCUGCUCCGCCGGGUGGUCCCGGUCUUCCCGGCCCUCCGCAGGUGCACCCCGGCCUGGCGAGUCCUGGUCUAGUUAGCCCCGGUCUAGUCAGUCCAGGUUUGCCAACACCCGGCAUUGCGAGUCCGGGCUUCCCGCCGACUCAAUUCGGACACCUGCAACGUUCGUCCACAGUCCCGGUCUCCGGUCUGGCAUCGCCCGGUCUCGUGAGCCCAUACGGUGCUAACUUCCCGGGUUCGCCCGGGUUCGCACCGCCGCCACCACCGCAGAGCACGCAGCACCACCCGACUCCACCACCCGUUCAGAGCCCUGGUCUACCACCACCGCCCCCAGGUGGAUAUUCGCAUUACAGCUACGGCAAUGCGCAGCAAGCACCAGGGAGUGUGGAUUAUAGUAUCCACCAACAACUAUACCGGCCAACCGAACAAGAGCACGCGUCUAAAUACGAAAAAUACAAACCCAAGGUCGAGGGUCAGAGCAGGCUAGGCCAAAAUGCAGAGCGACUGGAGAAAGGUGUCACGGGGAUGUUCAAGAAGUUUGAAAAGAGAUUUGGUUGAAUAUUCGUAGACAUGUUUCUGAAUGAUUUCCUCUUCUAUUACCGGAUACCAUGUUUCUGACUCUCACUUUUUGAUAUAGGCAUGGGUUGGGUUACAAUAUGUGAUAUUAGGAAGUUUUCGCCUAUUAGAGUUGCAGUGCUAGCAUGCUCAGGGAGAGCUAACCGUAAGA